AUGAGCGCCGCCCCAUCGAGCUCUUCUUCCCGUUUGGUGCGCGGUGCGGCGGUGCCGGUGCCUUCCCUCGGCACCGACGAGGCCUGCGCAGUGGCAGACGAUGCCUUCCAGAGGUACACGUCGCCGAGCUUGAGGAGAGGCGGCGCCGGGGUAGCCGUCGUGUGGUUCAGGAACGACCUCCGAGUUCUUGAUAACGAGGCGCUUCUGCGCGCAUGGGCGGCUUCCGAGGCGGUCCUGCCGGUGUACUGUGUCGAUCCACGGAUCUUUUCGGGGAGCACGCAUUAUUUUGGGUUCCCCAAGACGGGAGCAUUGAGGGCGCAGUUCUUGAUAGAGUGUUUAGGAGACCUGAAGCAGAGUCUGAGGAAAAAGGGCCUCGAUUUGCUAGUCCGGCAUGGCAAGCCAGAAGAGAUACUUCCUUCAAUUGCAAAGGCUGUCAGUGCACAUACAAUUUAUGCUCAUAAGGAAACCUGUAGCGAAGAGCUCCUUGUCGAACGCCUCGUGAGCAAAGGCUUGGAGCAAGUUCAGAUUGCUAAAGGAGGAGCAUCUGUCCCGAAGAAACCUCUGAACCCCAGGUUGCAGCUCAUCUGGGGAGCAACAAUGUACCACGUUGAUGACCUCCCGUUCCCAGUUAACAACUUGCCAGACGUGUACACACAGUUCAGAAAGGCAGUUGAAUCGAAGUCUUCAGUUAGGAACUGCACCAAGUUACCACCGUCACUUGGUCCGCUCCCUAGUUCCAGCAUAGAUGAAAUUGGAGGAUGGGGGACAAUACCAACACUGGAGUCAUUAGGCCUGAGUGUUACAAAGUCUGAGAAAGGAAUGUAUUUCAUAGGAGGAGAGAAUGCAGCUCUUGGUAGAGUACAUGAGUACUUCUGGAAGAAGGAUCAGUUGAAAGACUACAAGGUGACUAGGAAUGGCAUGUUAGGUCCAGACUACUCCACAAAGUUCUCUCCUUGGCUUGCUUCUGGCAGUCUUUCGCCACGUUAUAUUUGCGAAGAGGUGAAGAGAUAUGAGAAGCAAAGAGUGGCAAAUGAUUCUACAUAUUGGGUUUUAUUUGAGUUGAUAUGGAGAGACUACUUCAGAUUUCUAUCAGCAAAAUAUGGGAAUGCCAUAUUUCACCUGGAAGGUCCGAGGAAAGUAGUAUCAAAGUGGAGUCAGGACCAAGCACUGUUUGAAUCAUGGAGAGAUGGUCGAACUGGAUAUCCUCUUAUUGAUGCCAACAUGAGGGAGCUUUCAGCCACCGGUUUCAUGUCCAACCGUGGUCGUCAGAUUGUCUGCUCAUUUCUUGUCCGAGAUAUGGGUAUUGAUUGGCGAAUGGGAGCCGAAUGGUUCGAGACAUGCUUAUUGGAUUAUGACCCAGCUUCAAAUUAUGGCAAUUGGACAUAUGGAGCAGGAGUUGGCAAUGAUCCAAGAGAAGAUCGAUACUUUAGUAUCCCGAAGCAAGCAAAGUCAUAUGAUCCUGAAGGGGAAUACGUUGCAUACUGGUUACCGGAACUUCGGUCACUUGCAAAGGAAAGGAGAAAUUUCCCAGGGGCCUCAUACAUCAGGCAGACAGUACCACUGAAGUUUGAUGUUGGAAAUCAAAAGAAGGAUCAGCAAUUCAACCGGCAGAGAAGACCAAACAAUAUGUACAGAAGACAAGUAAAAUAG